AUGGAGUUACGAAACAUCGGAACUACCGCAUAUCGGUCGAGCAUGAGAGAUUUCCCAUUCGCCCAGUUGUUACAGUCCCAUAAACAAACUAUCACAACCAGAAUCCCCAUAAGUCAUCGAGCACUCUCUACAACCUCACGAACAUACGCCAUACUCCCCCAGCCUACUACACGAACGCAAUUUGCUCAAAAUUCACCCUCAUCCUCAUCCUCACCUUCACCCUCGAGCCCCGAAACCCCCAAUCUCUUCAAACCUUCCUCUAGAACCCCGCCCGCCCCCAAAGAAGACACCCUCGAAUCGAUCGGCAGCGGAUCUAUCAGUCAAAGCCUCUCAUGGAUGCUCCCCAAUCGCACCGCCCGUUCAAAUUACACACCCUCCCGAGCGCAAAUGGAGAAUGCAACUACCCCCCCCAUCAGCAAUGCAUCAGCAACAUCAUCACCACAACUAAGUUCCUCCGCUCUCCUCAACCAAAUAAGCAAUCCCUCCUCAUCCUAUCCCUCUAGCCGGAACCGCUACAGCCCGAUGCAAAACCCUUUUGGGAAUAUGAUAAUUCCGAACAAGAAAAGCACAUCUACCAGCUUUUCCGAACUCCAGGAGGAAGUGGCCGCCGCAUUGCCUUACAACCCACCACCACGUGCCCCAAUGCGACUCACGCCCCGCACGGGCCGAACCGUCGAUAUCAAUAGUUCGAAUGUAGAUUUGUCGCGAGGAAUCCGAAUGUUGGAGGCAUCGUGUGCCAUCAAUAAAGUGCGUCAUGACCACACGCAUCAGAGAUUCUACGAGAGAGCUGGCAUGAAAAGGAAGAGACUUCAUCGGCAGCGAUGGAGAAAUAACUUCUUGGAGGGGUUCAAGGGUAUUGUGGGCAGAGUAAAACAGUUAAAGAACCAAGGGUGGUAA